ACGUCACUCGCCUGCCGCCUGAGGCGCGCGCAGCCGCCCAGCUCCCGGAAGUGCGCCCGGAGCCGGCGCCGCGGGCCGAGUGUCCUGGUGAAGACCUAGUUCUUUCCGGAGACAAUUCCACUUCAGAAGUACUUUACUUAAGAGGACUUGCCAGGCUGGACAAUGCCCGUUGACUUGGGGCAGACGCUAGGCCUGCUGCCAUCACUGGCGAAGGCUGAGGACCCCCAGUUCGCAGAAUCCGAUGCUGCCCUUCAAGAGGAACUCUCCAGCCCUGAGACCGCGCGCCAGCUUUUCAGGCAGUUCCGUUACCAGGUGAUGUCUGGGCCUCACGAGACCUUGAAGCAGCUUCGGAAGCUCUGUUUCCAGUGGCUGCAGCCAGAGGUUCACACCAAAGAGCAGAUCCUGGAGAUCCUCAUGUUGGAGCAGUUUCUAACCAUCCUGCCUGGGGAGAUCCAGAUGUGGGUGCGGAAACAGUGUCCAGGAAGCGGAGAAGAGGCAGUGACCCUUGUGGAGAGUUUGAAGGGGGACCCGCAGAGACUGUGGCAAUGGAUCAGUAUCCAGGUUCUAGGACAGGACAUCUUAUCAGAGAAGAUGGAAUCUCCAGGCUGCCAAGUGGGGGAAGUGGAGCCCCAUCUGGAAGUGGUGCCUCAGGAAUUGGGACUUGAGAAUUCAUCGGUAGGGCCCGGGGAGCUUCUGAGCCACAUCGUGAAAGAGGAAUCUGACACAGAAGCAGAACUAGCCCUGGCUGCCUCCCAGCCUGCCCGACCAGAGGAAAGGCUGAUCAGAGACCAGGACCUCGGAGCCUCACUGCUCCCAGCAGCACCGCAGGAACAGUGGAGACAUCUGGAUUCCACUCAAAAGGAGCAAUACUGGGAUCUCAUGCUGGAGACCUAUGGGAAAAUGGUCUCAGGAGCAGGCAUUUCCCAUUCCAAACCUGACCUGACUAAUUCAAUAGAAUAUGGGGAAGAGCUGGCAGGACUGUACCUUCAUGUCAAUGAGAAGAUCCCAAGACCCACCUGCAUAGGAGACAGACAAGAGAAUGACAAGGAGAACCUAAACUUGGAGAAUCACAGGGACCAGGAGCUCCUGCAUGUUUCCUGUCAAGCCUCAGGAGAGGCUCCUUCUCAGGCUUCCUUGAGGGGCUUCUUCAGUGAGGAUGAGCCAGGAUGCUUUGGAGAAGGAGAGAAUCUCCCUGAGGCUCUGCAAAACAUUCAGGAUGAGGGAACAGGGGAACAGCUCUCUCCUCCAGAAAGGAUUUCUGAGAAACAACUAGGUCAGCAUUUGCCUAAUCCUCAUUCAGGAGAAAUGUCCACCAUGUGGCUUGAGGAGAAGAGAGAGACCUCCCAGAAGGGGCAGCCAAGAGCCCCCAUGGCCCAGAAGCUCCCCACCUGCAGGGAGUGUGGGAAGACCUUUUAUAGGAAUUCUCAGCUUGUUUUUCACCAAAGAACUCACACCGGAGAGACAUACUUUCAGUGCACCAUCUGCAAAAAAGCCUUUCUGCGGAGUUCAGACUUUGUGAAGCAUCAGAGAACUCACACAGGAGAGAAGCCCUGUAAAUGUGAUUACUGUGGGAAAGGCUUUAGUGACUUCUCAGGAUUGCGCCACCACGAGAAAAUCCACACGGGAGAGAAACCCUAUAAAUGUCCCAUCUGUGAGAAAAGUUUCAUUCAGAGAUCAAACUUCAAUAGACACCAGAGGGUUCACACAGGAGAGAAGCCUUAUAAAUGUGCGCACUGUGGGAAGAGUUUCAGCUGGAGGUCGAGCCUUGACAAACAUCAAAGAUCCCACUUAGGAAAGAAGUCCUUUAAGUAGCCAGUAACCCAACCCUCUUUCUGUCUCCCAGCCCGUUAAAAAUAUACUCAGCUCCAUCGAGAGGAAUUGUGUCUCUGAGAGGAUACCCCUGUUCAUCUCCUCUUUUCAUGGAUUGGAGAGGAGAGAAUCUGGACAUGGCUUCGGACUUGGUGGAUAUCUUGGAUUGGAUUUCACAAUGGCUUAAAUUCUUGAUUCUGCCUCAGGAGAAAGAAUAGUCUUCAUGUUUCCACUCAUCCUUCCUUUGGACCCACUGGGGAAAAAGUCUAAACUGGAGAUCCAGUUUUAGAAGUGCUUUCUGGGAAGCAUUUAACGGGAUUAGCUGUAGUCACUGCUUAUGGGAAGAACCUCAGAUGAGCCCCUUACAGUGGGUUCUAGAGCAGGUCUUCUGUUCAGAAGCAGAGAAGAGAAGCAUAGAGGGCCAGUGAGCUCACGUGUGUUCUUUGUCAUAGGGGCGGAAAACUCACUUCAAGUGUCCCUUGUUUGAAAUAAACUUAGAGUCACUUUCUAUCUUA